UAUACCCUCUUUGUCUACCGCUAUAAAUGCGGUUCUACUUACAGCUGUGUACAGCUUCAUCCCCUCCAGUCGAUACAAGUGAAGGUGAUUCUAUGGGCUUUCUAACAUGGCUUCCAAUCGUAGAAAAAUUUGAUCAUCCUUCACGUCUCGGUGAGUGGUAACGUCGGAGAAGCAAUGGGCAGAAUACCCCGUUGCUUCGUCUUCCUUGUGGUCCUUCUCCAGCCACUGAAACUCGCCGAGAUGGCCGACGCUCCUUUUUGGUACUGUGCCAGCAGCUCAACUUACACGGCGAACAGCACCUUCGACCACAACCUGCGCCGCGCAUUGGCUUCUCUGGCAGCCAACGUUUCCCUCGCCGGCUUCUACAACGCCACCGUGGGCAAGAAACCCGACGAAGUCAUUGCGGUGGCUCUGUGCAGAGGCGACCUCGACGGGGAAGCUUGUCAGGCCUGUGUAUCUGAGUCCGCCACACAGGUCAUUCAGCGCUGCCCCAGCAACAGAGGGGCCUUCUUUGUCUUGCGGGGCUGCAUCUCGUACUACCGCGAUACCAACUUUACUAUACCUCAAUCGUUCUUGAAUUUUUCUCAGUCGAGCCCUGAUGCCAUCCCCGACCCCCAAAAUUCAGGCCUAUACUCAUUUCCUUCUUCAGCCAUCUCAUCGUUUCCGCCAUCACCAACCAUUCAGGACGCUUAUUCUGGGGCUACAAGUUCCAUUACACAGAAGAUAUUACUGUCUACGGCACAGCACAGUGCAUACAAUACUUGGCACCACGGGACUGUAAGUCUUGCUUAG